AUGGACAUGGCCCGAAUACGAGAGCAAUGUGUUCCUCCUCCUGGUCCGAUCCAGUUUGUGUCAGUGCAGCCAGACUCGGUGUCGUUACGCUGGUCACCUCCAGAGGGCGCUCCUGGCCACAGCACCUUCAAGGUCACCAGGACAGGUGUUCAAAAGCACCGCAGCUUUACUGUGACAGGUACAAGUUUAGAUGUGACAGGGCUGACUCCAGGAGAGAAGUACCACUUCACUGUGGCCACCCUCAGCCAAGAUGGCCGCCAGAGUACACCUGUGGAGGGAGCUGUUUACACAGAGGUUCCCCCUCCACAGAAUCUCCAGGUGAACGUGAAUUUUAGGUCACGCAGAGCCACUGUGACAUGGACCAAACCAUCUGGAGUGGACCGGGUGACUUACCUGCUGGAGAUCAUCAAAGUUGGAGACCAGAAAGACAUCCACACCGUCCACAGAGACUCCUGCCAGUACACCAUCACUGGCCUGCAAGCAGCAUAUUUCACCAUCAUUGUUACCACUGUUGUUAACAGCGGCCGUCAAAAUCCACCCCUGAGGAUCGUCCUGAUUGGGAACACUGGCGUGGGGAAGAGUGCUGUGGGGAACACCAUUCUGGGGAGAGAAGCAUUUCUGUCCACAUCCACAGCCUCAUCUGUCACUCAAACAUGUCAACAAGCAUCAACCGCAAGCCCACGUGAAAUACUGGUGGUUGAUACUCCUGGUGUAUUACACACAGAUAGAGAUCCAACUGAAGUUGAAGAGGAGAUCCGUAAGAGCAUUCAGCUCUCUGCCCCAGGCCCCCAUGCCUUCCUGCUGGUUACAAAGGUGGGUCGCUUCACUGACGAUGAUCAGAAUGCAGUCAGGGCCCUCCAGAAGAUCUUUGGGGAGAGGGUGAAAGACUACAUGAUCAUCCUCUUCACCGGUGUAGAUUUCCUUGGUGAGUCAAUAAGCGAGUUUGUGGAGGAACAGGACCCUAGACUAAAAGAGUUGAUCAGGAGCUGUGGAGGGAGAUAUCAUGGGUUUGAAAACAAGAGCAGAGACAGGACUCAGGUAGUUGAGCUGAUCAGGAAAAUAGAUGAGAUGGUGGCAGCUAACGGGGGACAGCACUAUGUAUACUAGAUAAUAGGAAAAGCUGGAGGUCACAAGGAAAUACUUUCCCUGUCAUGUCAGGCCUUUCUCUAAUAGAAUACUGUAUACUUGUUUUUCC